GCCCAUCAUGGCCCUGGCCAAUCUAGGGAAACAAUAUGGCGAGAUUUUCCGUCUAAACAUAGUUGGCCAAAAUUCUGCAUUUGUUUCGAGCCACGCGCUUACGAACGAGUUGUGCGACGAGAAGAGAUUCCACAAGCUUGUCUCUUCCUCACUGGCCGAACUACGAGAAGGUGUAGCGGACGGCCUCUUUACCGCGCAUGACCAUGAAACGAACUGGGAGACUGCGCAUCGAACGUUAGUUCCUGCAUUUGGGCCUAUGAAUAUCAAGGACAUGUUUGGUGAUAUGAAGGAUAUCGCCAGUCAGCUGGUUCUCAAAUUUGCACGCCACGGCAGUGCAUAUAGGAUAUCGGCAACCGAAGAUUUCACGCGCCUGACGCUGGAUACGUUGGCUCUGUGUAGCAUGAAUUAUCGGUUCAAUUCUUUCUAUACCGAAGAAGAGCAUCCGUUCGUCGCGGCAAUGGUGGGAUUCCUCAAGUAUGCGAGCGUUCGAGCAAAACGCCCAGCGUGGAUGCGCACUUUCUACAGCUCGGAUGAGGCCCAGUGGAGGUCUGACAUCGCGUAUAUGAGGAAAUUGAGUGGCGAGCUAGUGCAGCAGCGUCGCGACAAUCCCAAGGCUACGAAUGACCUGCUGAAUGCUAUGCUCAACGGAAAGGAUCCCAAAACAGGGAACAUGCUUCCCGCGGAGUCGAUCAUCGACAAUAUGAUCACAUUUUUGGUUGCCGGGCACGAGACAACAUCUGGCAUGCUCUCAUAUUGUUUCUACCUCCUGCUGAAGAAUCCAGAUGCUUACAGGAAAGCACAGGAAGAGGUCGAUCGAGUGGUGGGCAAAGACAGCAUUCAAUACGAGCAUUUGAACAAAUUGCCUUACAUCACAGCUGUGCUCCGAGAGACAGCGAGGCUACACGCCACGGCCCCGGCAUUCACCCUGACACCGAGAAGCCCGCAUGGAGAGGUGAUUGGCGGCAAAUACUUCCUUGCUCAAGGCGAGCCUGCCGUGAUCCUCCUGCAUAAUGUCCAUCGAGAUCCUGCGGUCUAUGGGGAUGAUGCCGAGGAGUUCAGACCGGAACGAAUGCUGGACGAGAACUUUGCCCAAUUGCCGCCCAACUCAUGGAAGCCAUUCGGGAAUGGUGCUCGUGGUUGCAUCGGAAGACCGUUCGCGUGGCAAGAGAUGAUGCUGGUGCUCCCCAUGCUGCUCCAAUACUUCAAUUUCUCUCUCGAUGACCCCCAGUACACCCUCCAAACCGCCUUCACCCUCACAAUCAAGCCCAAAGACCUUGUGAUCAGGGCUACGCUGCGCGAAGGCUGGACCGCCAGAAAGGUCGAGCAGCACUUGAAUCGGUCCAGCGAUCUGGAAACCAGCACAGCCAAGGCCCAUCCAACUCCUACAGCCCCAACAACACAAGAUAGUGGACAUCCGAUCACGAUUCUGUAUGGCAGCAACAGUGGCACCUGUGAGGCUUUGGCACAUACCUUAGCCGCUGAUGCCAGAGGGCACGGGUUCUUGCCCACCACGGUCGACACACUGGACUCUGCGAAACAGAAUUUGCCUGCAGAUCAACCGAUCGUGAUCAUCACCGCAAGCUACGAAGGUCAACCUACGGACAACGCGGGCCACUUCUACAACUGGCUUCAAAAUGUGACUGAACUCAAGACGUCAUAUGCGGUUUUUGGAUGUGGUCAUAGCGACUGGCGGCAGUCAUUUCAUCGCAUCCCCGCCAGUAUCGACAGUCUUCUCGAGAAGGCCGGGAGCACUCGUAUCUGCAAGAUGGGCUCGGCAGAUGCUGCAAAAGGAGAUAUGAUUUCCGACUUCAACGGCUGGGAGGACGAGACUCUAUGGCCUGCACUGCAGAAGCAAUACACAUGUACAGACAGUGAAACUUCUUCACCUUCUCAUGGCCAAUCCCUUUCGGUGGAGGUCUUCAGCAAGCGGGCGUCCCAUCUUCGAUCAGAUGUAUCAGAAGCCAGGGUGGUUUCUGCAAAAGUGCUAUCCGCACCAGGGGUAGCGCCGAAGAGACACAUUGAGCUUCAACUCCCCAGCGACAUGACAUAUCGCGCAGGAGACUACCUUGCGGUGCUGCCGCUGAACCCUGCGGAAACUGUCCAUCGAGUCCUAGCUCGCUUUUCUCUGCCUUGGGAUGCCAUGCUCUCCAUCACAUCCAAAGACCACACGACUCUGCCCACGGAACAUCCUGUAUCGGCGCAGGACCUGUUCUCGGCAUAUCUCGAACUUUCGCAGCCUGCCACGAAGCGUAACGUCACCAUGCUCAUCGAGGUCAGCCACGAAGAGGCGAUCAAAGAGGAGCUCAAGAAGCUUUCUGACGACUUUGAUGCGGAGAUUACCGCGAAGCGUGUCUCUCUGCUCGACCUGGUAGAACGGUUUCCCACGAUAGCUCUGCCUUUAUCGGCAUUCAUUUCGUCGCUGAUCUCGAUGCGUGUCCGUCAAUAUUCCAUCUCGUCUUCGCCGCUUUCCGAUCAGAAUCGCGCAACACUCACAUAUGCCGUUCUUGAUGAGCCUUCGACUUCAGGGCAGGGACGUCACAUUGGGGUAGCGUCAAAUUACCUCUCACAACUCAAACCUGGAGACAUUGUUCAUGUGGCAGUGAAGCCUUCCCAUGCCUCCUUUCAUCUGCCAUCGAGCCCCGAGACAACUCCAAUCAUUAUGAUAGCUGCUGGCGCCGGCUUGGCGCCCUUCCGCGGGUACAUACAAGAAAGGGCUUCACAGAUUCAGUCUGGGCGGACACUUGCACCAGCACACUUGUACUUUGGGUGUCGAUAUCCCGAUAAGGAUGAUCUCUAUCGCGAUGAGAUUGAUUCCUGGGAGCAAAUCGGAGCAGUAGUCGCGCAUCGAUGCUUUAGCCAAGCGCCAGAGCAGUCUGGCGGCCACAAGCAUGUCGAUGGUCUCAUCCUGCAAGACAAGGAGCUUCUUUCAGAACUAUGGGAAGGGGGCGCAAAAGUCUACGUCUGUGGCAGUCGAGGACUGGGAGACAGCGUGAAGAAGGCAUUUAUCAAGCUGGCAAAAGAAAAGGCUGUCGCCGAUGGCAACAAGAACGCCGAGGACGAUGCCAAAUUGGAGAAGUGGUUCGAAAGUCUCCGCAAUGAGCGUUUCGCCACGGACGUAUUCACUUGAAGUCGUUGUGCUUGGGCGAGGUACAUUGAUUGUGUAGUUAUAGGACAUGUAGGUUGAGAAGUAGAAACCAAAGGGGGUAAGAGACUCCAGAUUACAUAAG